CCCGCCUUUGCAGCGCGUCAUUGUAAGCAAAUGUAGCGUCGCAUCAUAUUAACCAAACAAAACCUUCUCACAAAGGCGACGUCGACCCAAACUUCAAACGUUAUCACCGGCCCGGAAACGAACAAACAAGACAUGCGCGACUGCAUUAAGUGGGACAAUAGUUGUGUCACGAGUUAGAUCGACGUCCCGCCGCUUGUCUGGAACAUUCCAGGGACGAUCACGGACUCAGCGUUCGCUGUGGGCGGGGCAAGCGAAGUGACGCAAGCAGGUAGCUUCGUAAAGCUAAUGUUUGUUAGCUGUGCUGUAAGAAGAAACCGAGGAAGGAGCUGCGUGCUUAGUCCCCCACCAGUCUCAUGGCUGUACGAUGGCUAUGCAGCCUCUUCGGGAAGCCCUUUGAUGGUGGCAAGCGGAUGGAGCACCGAGGGCCGCCGCAGCAGCAGACGAUGGCCACAGAGCAGCCGCCCCAGUGCCCGUCCCAGCACCCCGCUAUGAUGCGGCUCUACGAAGUCCACCGCCAGGUGACGGUGCUUGGGCCCCAGGUGUGCACCUUCAGCGGCCUGCCCGACGACCGCGACUACAAGCGUCUGGAGCGCGAGCUGACGCGCCUCCUGCUGGAGGUGGACCGUGUAGACACGGAGGGCAAGGCAGAGCUGCAGGCGGCGCGCAAGCAGGCGGCACAGGAGGUGGAGGGCCUGCUGCGCUACCUGGAGGAGAAUGCCCGGCACCCGUCGCGCCAGGCCAUGGAGGAGCUGAGCGAGGAGGCGCGGCGGCUGGUGGAGUGCCGGGUGGUGGCGCCGCAGCGCGAGGGUGGUGCCGCCGACAUUGAUGACGAGCUGACCGAGGCCCUGCAGCAGCUGGUGCUGCGCCUCACCCAGGUCAAGACGGAGGGCCGGGUGCCGCUACGCAAGGCGCGCUACCGGGCGCUGACCCGGCUCUGCGCCGUCCAGGACGUCCUGGACGGCCGCACGCCGCAGCAGAUGCUCUCGCUGCCGCUUUCGGGAGAAACGCAUGCCGCCGUGCACACCAUCAACCAGGUGAUGGCCAAGGUGAGCGUGGCGCGCAGCCAGCUGGUGGCGCUGCUGAUGGGCCUGAGCGGACGAGACAGCUGUGCUCAUCUGUCGCGGCUCCUGAUGGAGAUGCAGGUGGAGCUGGACGCACUGGACGUGUCAGGCAAUGCCGCCAUCAGGAACUACCGCAAGCAGGUGGUGGAGGAGAUCAACGGCCUCCUCAAACACCUGGACCUGGAAGGGGAGGGUGAGGACACGCGCAGGUACGACCUGGCCCAGAACGAGUCCAUCCGCGAGAUCGAGGCGGUGCGCGCCCAUGUGCAGCACCUCCGCGAGGGCGUGCUGCGCCACUGCACCACGGGCGAGCCGGGCUUCUGGCCCAAAGCUGAGCUGCAGGGCCUGCUGAGCCACCUGGAUCAAGUGGAGACGGCCAAGAACCCGUGCAUCCGCGAGGCGCGGCGCCGUGCUGUGGUAGAGGUGCAGGCCAUGGUCACCUUCCUGGACCUGCGCGAGGCGCUGUUGUGCCGCCGCCCCAGCCCCGAGGAGCACCCGGCCCACAGGGCCGUCUGGGCGGCGCUGGCCAGCCUAUCGGAGCUGCAGGCCCAAGCGCUGGGCUUCGACGGCAAGCGGGCCGACAAGAGCUACGUGGUGCUGGAGGAGCUGCUGACCAAGCAGCUGCUGGCACUGGAUGCGGUUGACCCACGCGGUGAUGACGGCGCCAAGGUAGCCCGCAAGCAGGCCGUCAAGUUUGCGCAGAACAUUCUCAACUAUCUGGACAUGAAGACGGAUGAAUGGGAGUAUUGAGCGCCACUGCUUUCCUGCUACCUUGCCCACCUGCCCAUCACAAAACACGCUUCCUGCUUUUUUGUAUACGCGGUGUGUAAACGUUUGGGCGUGUGGGCCAGCGUGUGUGCAAAAGUGUUGACAUGUUUGUGUGCAAAUGUCUUGGUUUGUGUGUGUAUACAUGUGUUUGUGGCUUUGGACAGUGUGCAAGAAAAUGAAUGUGUGCGUGCGUGCGUGCGUCUGUGUUUGUACGUUUCUAUGAAUCUGCGUGUGUCGUUGAUAAACAAUCGAGAAGUAAAAAAACAAAAUGGAGUGUUUUCAAAAAAUUCCUACAUUGACUAUUGUGAAAUUGGUGAUCGGUUGUCAUUUUUAAUUGGAAAAUCCCCCUCCUAAUGUUCUGAACUCCUGCUUCCACGGCAGCAUUAGCGUGGAGGUAACAACUUUUUAAGCUUGAUCAUCUUAAGUCUGCAAUGCGAAGGAUAGCGCCACCCUGUGGCCAGGCAGCUGAGCCACGCCCACUUCCUGUGACUUGAGCAAACAUACGAGAAGAAAGACAAAGAUGGAAGAUGCCAGCGGAACCUUCUAGAAUCUUCGUGCCUUCGUGUUCACGCUUCUCGAGCUGCUCUGAAAGGCAACUUGCACCGGACGUGCGUGCGUGUGUACCACGUUUCCCAUGUGUAAGCACACUUUCAUACCACUUUCCCGGACUUGUACGUUAUUGUGUGUGCACUAUGCCACCUAAAUGUGUGCAAUGAGUGUAUGUGGCCAGACGUCUAUGUACCAUCUCACUGGAUGUGUGUGCCAUGUGUAUAGUAUCACGCAGAAGUCGUGAAGCUGCACGUACGUGAAAAAUAACACACGCACACAAAGAGCACAAGAGUUGCACUAGUCGCCGGGGUGGGCCAUUCCGGUCCUCGAGGGCCGGUGUCCUGCAUGUUUCAUAGGUCACCCUGCUGCAACACACCUGAUUCAAAUGAUCAAGAUUGUUAUCCAGCUUCUGCAGUCCUUGAUAAUUAUUGCACCACACCGGCCUUUGAGGACCGGAAUUGCCCACCGCUGCGACUAGUGUCGUCUUCGAUGAGUGUUUUCACCCGCAAAAGAACACAGUCGAGCUUUAGAUAUGUUCAGAUGAAAACCAAAACAGACGGCCCAUUUAUUCGGAGCUUGUGUCGCGUCUCAUUACUUUGGCCCGUUUAGUCAGCGCUAACGUAAACAAAUAUCAAGAGCGGGAAUGUGUUUAUUUCUCACACAACUUACUGAUCAUAUUUCUGAAGCUAUUUAUAGACAAUGAGUGACAUGUGACUGCUGUUUUUUUGUCUUGUUGCAGUAAAAUUGAUCACAAGCGCCACAAUAUCAAUUUUUGGAAUGUCGGCAACCACAUGAAACUAAACAUCCCUCAUGCACAAUUCCAAAUAAGAGCAAAAGCUCACCGGUGGGCACUGUUGCCAUGGUUACCGCAAAGUCACCAUGGAACGUUUUUACUUAUUGUACAACAAAGUUUUCAUUUGGACUGAAUGUGCUUCUUUCUUGAUUUUGUUGAAGCUAACAAUGGGAACGCCUGGCUUGCUUUUUGAUACUUCAAUCAUGGCGAACAAGAAAAACAUUGCGUCAAAAUAAACUUGUUGCAUUGUCAA